UCUGGUUCUGGUUCUGGUUCGGUUUUGUCUAAUGACCACCAAACCGCCUGAUCGGCAGGCGGUUCAGAUGGAUGCUUGUCCGACCACGACUUCCUUCUUCCUUGGAGGGACAACGUUGAAUCUUUUAGUUUGAUUCCGACUAGACACCAGACAAUACCAGAAACUCAAACGAUUCUUGGGUCAGGGACAGAAUUCGACGUGUAGUGGUGUUCUUCUUGGAAUUCCAGCCAGCUCAGCUUGAAUUUUGACUCGAGAGGAUCUUGAGAUUUCGAUUGGAGUUUGUUUGCUUGAUUUCUGUCGGGAAAUUUUUUGCCGUGCGAGCCGGAAUGGAACAAUUCCGGCAUAUUGGGGAGGUUUUGGGAAGUAUGAAGGCUCUGAUGAUGUUAAGAGAUGAGAUUCUGAUCAAUCAAUGCCAGUGCUGUUUGUUGCAUGAUGUGUUCACGUUGGCGUUUGACACGAUCGGAGAGGAGAUCCUACUGAACCUGAAACUCGAAGAGAAGAAGACGAAAUGGAAAGCGCUCGAGCAGCCUCUGAGGGAGCUGCACAGAGUUUUCAAGGAAGGGGAGCUGUACAUUCGGCAUUGCAUGGACGCAAAAAACUGGUGGGGGAAAACAGUCCUCCUCCAUCAGAACAAGGACUGCGUCGAAUUUCACAUUCAUAACUUGUUCUGCUACCACACGGCCAUGAUUGAGGCAAUUGAGAAUGCUGGAGAGAUUGCGGGGCUCGAUCAGGAGGAGAUGCACAAGAAGAGGAUUCUGCUCACAAGGAAGUAUGAUAGAGAGUGGAAUGACCCCAAACUUUUCCAAUGGAGAUUUGGGAAGCAGUAUUUGGUCCCGAAGGCGAUCUGCAACAGGUUGGAGAGUGCUUGGAGGGAAGAUAGAUGGCGGCUUGUCGAAACUCUGAAGGUGAAAAAGAUUUCAGGAUCCUUUGGUUUGACGAGGAAUGAGCAGCAACUUGGAGACUUGCUGCUCAAGAAACUCAGUGGGUCGGAAACCUUAAAUGGGAAGCUCUUUCCGAGCUCAAUCUUACUGGAAUCUGAGUACUACAGCGUUAGGCGGUGGUUAGGAGGAGGAACGCAGUACAAGGAGAUCCAGUGGUUGGGGCAGAACUUUGCCAUGAGACACUUCUUUGGGGAUAUUGAGCCGUUGAAUUCGGAGAUUUCAACUCUCCUCGCACUUUCCCACCCCAAUGUGCUGCAGUACCUUUCGGGGUUUUAUGAUGAGGAGAAGAAGGAAUGCUUUCUUGUUAUGGAGUUGAUGAACAAGGAUCUGCGCUGCUACAUGAAGGAAAACUGCGGCGCGAGAAGGCAGGUAUUGUUUUCAAUCCCGGUAGUGGUUGAUAUCAUGCUUCAGAUUGCAAGAGGCAUGGAAUAUCUGCACUCUAGGAAGAUCUACCAUGGGGAGUUGAACCCAUUGAAUGUCUUUCUCAAGGCAAGGAGCUGCACAGAAGGCUAUUUUCAAGUAAAAGUCUCGGGUUUCGGUUUAUCAUCCGUGCGCAAACCUACUUAUCGAAAAUCACAGCAGAAGAACGAAAUCAACCCUUUGAUUUGGUGUGCCCCGGAAGUCCUAGCUGAGCAAGAGCAACCAGGAAACAAAGGUCUUACCAAAUACACGGAGAAAGCGGAUGUAUACAGCUUCGCCAUGCUUUGCUUUGAGAUCUUGACAGGGAAGGUUCCUUUCGAAGAUUCACAUCUCCAAGGGGACAAGAUGAGCAACACUAUAAGAGCAGGAGGGAGGCCUCUCUUCCCCUACCCUUCACCAAAAUACCUCGUCAAUUUAACCAAGAGAUGCUGGCACAGUGACCCGUCUCAGCGCCUGAGCUUCUCGUCCAUCUGUCGCGUUUUGCGCUACAUAAAGAAGUUCCUUACUCUGAACCCCUAUGACGAUCAGCCUUUACUGCAAUCCCCUCCUAUGGAUUACUGCGAGAUAGAGUCAUGGUUCCUGAAGAAUAGUUCAGCUGCCGAAUACGCCGAUUUAUCCUCAAUAUCGCAACUUCCAUUCCAAAUGUUCUCUUACCGGCUAGGGGAGAAGGAAAAGACUAGCCCAGACAUCGUGAGGGUUAGGAGUCUGGAUUCCUUAAGUGAUACAGCAUCAGCGAUUUGCAAGCAAAAAUCUCCAAACGGCAAAGUUGACACUGUGUCCAUUUCAGAAGAUCCAUUCGUACCACUAAGCGAAUCGAGGUCCGUUUGCUCUGAUGUGUGGUCUGUUCAUGAUCUGAGGUCAGUUUCUUCCGAGGCUCCAAUGCAAAGAACUCUCACUGCCAAGAAACGUCAAGACGCGACAGCUAGAAAAGCCUCAGGUUACACUGGGACAUCAAAAACACCAACCACAGGAAGGACGUCAACACAAAGACUUUCAACACCAAGACUUGCGUCGCCAAGAUUUCCAUCGCCAAAACUUGCUUCACCGAAACUUCCACCUGCAAAACCAUGUCAACGCAGUAUGAAGACAAACCAAAGCCCUCCACCGCCAAGUCCUAUGAACACAAAGAGUAGUGCGAGCCGAAGCAGGCACAGAACGAGGGGGCACGUUUCGGACUCGGAGAUACAUUAG